UGAACAAGCUCUCUCUCAAACCCACACACAGAUGCAGGCAUUCCCAGGAUGCUGAGAAGCGUUUGCGCACAGGUUCUCUCUCCUUGACACGUACACACACACACACGCACACAAACACACGCACACACACACACGCACACGCACACGCACACGCACACACUCUACCUCACACUCUGGCGUGCAGGCAGUGCUGAGCAGAGCCGUGAAGAGCAACUGGAGAGAAGCCAUCUCACAAGAGGAGAGAGAGAGAGAGAGAGAGAGAGAGAGAGAGAGAGAGAGAGAGAGAGAGAGAGAGAGAGAGAGAGAGAGGGGAGGACAGUACACUGAAGGGGAAAAAAGCAUCCUAGCUAUCAAGAGAGAGCGAGAGUGAGGGAGACAAAGGAAAGGCAGGAACGAGAGAAGAUAAGGAGCAAACAGGAAGUGUGGACCACUCUCAGUGUGAAGACCAAAAGGAACAGGAGGGAGGAGGCUGGUGUCUUUCUCAUCGGUGAAGGAGCACCAACUAGGCAUCAUGGGGAACGCACCAUCCCAAGCUCACACCAGGACCUACUUUCCCAAGCAAGACCCAGAGCGUAGUGGUGGUCACAUGAUCUCCACAGAUGACCUGGAGUACCCACGCGAGUACCGGAGCCUGGGAAAUGGAGCACGCCGCUUCUCCAACGUGGGUCUCGUGCACACAUCCGAGCAUCGGCACACGGUGAUGGCGGCUCAGAGCCUCGAGGCACUCAGCAACCUGCACAAAGCCGAGUUGGAGCGCAAACGUGACGCCUUCAUGGAUCACCUGAAGAACAAGUACCCACCUCAGCACUCCCUCCCUCCAUCACCGUCUCCAUCCCACGGCAGCAUGAGGGGAAGCUCGGAGAGGAGCGCACGGGAGCAGCAACAGCCAAACUACUGGAGUUUUAAGAGCCGUAGUCCACGCCAUUCUCAGUCCACUCAGUCUGGUUUGGCUGACCAGGCGUCCAAACUGUCCUACGCCUCAGCCGAGUCUCUGGAGACCAUGUCUGAGGCCGACAUGCCACUUAGCUUUAAUCGCAUGAACCGCUUCCGCCAGAGCCUUCCACUGUCCCGUUCUGCCAGCCAGAACAAACUGCGCUCUCCAGGAGUGCUGUUCCUGCAGUUUGGCGAUGAGACCAGACGUGUCCACAUCACCCACGAGUUGAGCAGUAUGGAGACUCUACAUGCGCUCAUAGUGCACAUGUUCCCCCAAAAGCUAACAGCUAGCAUGCUCAAGUCCCCCAACACGGCCAUCCUGAUCAAGGAUGAAGCACGCAACGUGUUUUACGAGCUGGAGGACGUCCGGGACAUUCAGGACCGCAGCAUCAUUAAGAUCUAUCGCAAGGAGCCAGUUUAUGGUUCCUAUACGGCGGCUGCACAUCUGGCCAAUGGAGACCUAAGGAGAGAGAUGGUGUAUGCUUCACGCGAGUCAUCGCCCACUCGUCGUCUGAAUACGCUGCCCUCCUCUGGCUCAUCCCCUUCAUCCGCCUCUCCCGCCCGUUCCCGUCUUUCCUACAGCGGUGGACGUCCACCUUCGUUCUCCGGCUCUCAGCAUGGACACCAUGGACACCACGGAUCUCCAGCUCAUGGUCCAGCAGGGGGCAUGACCGCAUCACCAUCGGCCAUCCUCGAGCGCCGGGACGUCAAACCCGAUGAGGAAGUCGCCGCCAAGAAUGCGCUCCUGAAGAACGAGAGCCUCUAUGCAGAUCCGUAUAGCUUGGUGCCUGAUGGACAUCGUCUAAGCAUUGCGUCAAUGGGCGACCCAUUGGGAAUGCCAGGACCGGGCGGGCUUUACCGUCGCGGCUCCGUACGCUCUCUGAGCACGUAUUCGGCUGUGGCUCUACAGGGAGAUCUAGACGAUCAGCUCUAUAAACCGGGAGCCCCGCUCUAUCCUGAAACUUACUCGGCUCUAGGUGCAGGCUUCAGGCUGUCGUCUUCGUCUUCUCCCCAGAAAAUGUCCGACUCAUAUUCGGGGACACUCAGUCGUGGCUCACCUGUCAGGCAGAGCUUCAGAAAGGACUCAUCCUCAUCUGUGUUUGUGGACAGCCCGAAAUCUAGGCCAAGCUCCAGUUCAGAGCCACUAGGUGGCGAGACGGGGAGGGGGAUCUCUGGCUUUGGAAAUGAAACCGACACACGCAGGGAUCGUAUGGAAGCCAUGGAGAAGCAGAUAGCGAGUCUCACAGGCUUGGUGCAGAGUGUCCUGACCAGAGCACCGGACAGUGACAGCACAUGCGGCCUGCUGCGGCUCUGCAUGAUGGCGGGCUGCCCUCGGGACCCAGGGACCGACUUCUCACGGCCCUUCCCUUUCUCUUCCAGCGAGAAGACGGAGUCCACCAGCGACGGCUCAGCCACAGGAACUGGCCGGCUGAAGAGGAAAGCUCUGACCCCUUCAGCCCCACUCGCCCUGAUGCCUCCUCCGCCCACAAGCCCACACACCUCCACCGUGUCCAAACUCCAGAUGCAGCUUCACCUACACGAGCUCAAGCAGAACGCCACUGACCUGCGCAAGCAGCUCGCCCAGCUCCGCAAGAUGCAGCUGCAGAAUCAGGAGUCUGUGCGUUCACUGGUAAAACGUACCGAGGCAGAGCUGAGCAUGCGAGUGUGUGACGCUCUAAGGAAGCAGGAGGACCCUCUCCAGAGACAGCGCCUCCUGGUGGAGGAGGAGAGACUCAAAUACCUGAACGAAGAGGAGCUCAUCAUCCAGCAGCUGCAUGAUUUAGAGAAGUCAGUGGAGGAGAUCCAGAAGGAGAGCUCGGUGAACCACAGACACGUCACAGUGCAGGAGCUGGAGGAGAAGAGCACAGUGUUAAGGAGACUGGGAGAAACCCUCACUGAGCUCAAGAAUCAGUUCCCUGGGCUGCAGAGUAAAAUGCGGGUGGUGUUGAGGGUGGAGGUGGAGGCUGUAAAGUUCCUGAAGGAGGAGCCACACAGACUGGACGCUCUGCUGAAACGCUGCAAAACCAUCACUGAUGCACUCACCAUGCUCAAGAGGCAGGUGAACGAGGGCAUGAGGAAGAACAUGGACGAGUUCUCCAACCCUUCACCCAAACACAGCGCCGGAGACGAGUUAAGGAAGAAUGCAGAUUUUGACAUUCCCACCAGCCCACCGCUCAACCUCAACGAGACCAGCUUGGCUAACUGGAGCCCUCAUGGCCACACCCAUCCCCACAGCAACCUGUCACCAGGGCAGCUAAAGGGGCGGGGCCUAGAUGAGCUGGGGGGGCGGGGAGGAGUCGAUAAAGCUUCCUCUGUAGAAGUCCGACUGGCAGCUGAAAGGGACUGGGAGGAGAAGCGAGCCAGUCUGACCCAGUACAGCGCUCAGGACAUUAACCGACUCCUGGAGGAAACCCAGGCCGAGCUCAUGAAGGCCAUACCGGAUCUGGACUUUGCUGCUAAACAGAUCAAACCAAUCCAGAACCAACACCAGAACCAAAACCAGUCAGAGUCUAACACCAACGCCACACCUGAGCACAAACCCAACAAACCUCAGCAUCCCACACACAAGGUCUCGAGCAAGGAGGCCAGCUCCAGGCGGGGCUCAGACGAGCUCACGGUGGCCAGGUAUCGCACGGAGAAGCCAUCCAAAUCGCCUCCACCUCCCCCUCCACGACGGAGCUUCCCCACCUCUCCAGGUCUCACCACACGCAGCGGAGAGGUGAUCUCCACCAAGAGCAUGAAGAAAUCUGAAUCUGAGGAGGCUGAGAUUCAAAAACCCCACGUGAAGUUGAGGAGGAGUGUCUCUGAAGCUCCACGGCCUGCCUCCACACCUCCAACCUUGGCAGGAGGAGAGCGAGAGGAUGGAGAGGUUGAGCAGAAAUCUGCAGAUAUCGAGCAGUUGGCGGUGUUGCAGGAAAGUGUUCACCAACCAAAACCCGAAACCCAGCCUCCGGACAAGACCUCCAUUUUUUCGUCCGUCCCUCAGAUCGUCCUCAGCGAGUGUCCUACAACAUCCUCGCAGAUCUCCACGCAGAUUUCCAACACCACACCACAAGUCCAGAGAAGCCUGAGUUACAGCAGCUAUGUUGUAAAGACCCCACGCCUGUCGCUGUGGAAGUCGGAGUCUUUAACCAAUCAAACGCGAUCUCAGAUACCACAACGGAACCAGACGAUAAAGGAGCUUGAGAAAGGCACGAUUAUCGGAUCUGAUUCGCCUUUACCCUCACCUUCACCUUUAACAGAGAAGAAGCCAGCAAGUUUACUAAAAACGGAGCUGAGGAUCCAGGAAUCUUUUGAGAUCGACGAUAAGAAGGUAACGGAUGAUGGAGAAUCCAAUCCGGGAGUCCGGGAGUCCAAAGAGGAUAUUAGACACACCACUUUCAGGCGUCUAGACAAUCUGGAAGAGACGAUCCGUGAGCUAGAACUGAGUCUGCUUGAUUUUGGGACACAGGUCAUCCCAACCUGGUCUCAAAGUAUUCCGGAGAUGGAUUCCAAGACGUCCAGUAGCUCGGUUCCUCCGCCAAUUAAAAGUUCAGGAAGAGGAGAGAUGCAGAGACCUCCUGUUCCACCAAAACCCUCUGUAAUUACAGAUGCAGCCAAGAGUGGCGGUGGGAAGGCGAUAUCUCGUCUAAAGCACCUUCAGCAGAGCGGCUUGGACAAGAGCAAAGUGGGCAAGCAGAGAGAAGACUUUCUCAAGAACCAGGGACAACAGCAGAUCUAAGACUUGAACACUAAUUUGCCAUCUGCACUGCAAGGUGCUGACAAGGCAGAGGGAAGCGCCAGGAUACAUUUCUUCCUGAAUACGAAGCACCAAAUGAUCAUUCACACACAUGUUGGAACUGUUAUAUUCCUGUUGCUGCCCUGAUAAUCAUAGUCUAUAAAGAUUGCUAUAUACAGAGUGUAUGUGUAUGUGUGCUAUUCCCCAUUACUCCCAUUAUUAUUAUUCAUGAUCGCAAUUUAUAACAUGGACAAGGUUUCAAACCUACUGAAACACAUUGUUUUAUUUAAAAUUGUUAUGUUUAUUACAGCAUCAGGAAGUUCAAUCAACUUCUCGUAACUUCAUCCAAAAAACAAAAUAGAUUGAUAGAUUUGAUUCAUCCUGAUUCCCUACUUCUCAGAUUUAGACCAAUCAAUGGUUUUGCAUGUAAUUACUAUAAACAGUCUGCUUCAGUGGCUUGAGGCUGCAAUGGCCACAAAUAAUUUUGCAUUCAAGUGUCCAUUAGUAAGCAAUUGAAACCCUUAACAAUGAUUGAAUUGUAAUGAAUGACCAUUUGGUGUCACCCAGAUAAGGAUGGGUCCCCUUUUGAAUCUGGUUCGUCUCAAGGUUUCCUUCUCAUCAAAUUUUUCCUUACCCUAGUCACCACUGCACAACUUUUAGAAUCUAUCUUCUUUUUUUUCUUGUCAAAUGUACCUUACAUCACAGUGAAAUUCUUUCUUUGCAAAUCCCAGCGAUGUAGGAAGUAGCGA